GUCAAACUAUUCCGCCGAUGUCCCUUUUGCCCUCUCCAUCGCCUCGCCACAGAACCUGUGUCUGUAUAGUGGACAUAUAAACAGCCUCCAAGCCGUCGAAGCACAGAGCGAGCUACGGCGUGCCGAUGAAGACGACAGGAGGGGGCAGCGGACAACCAGCCAUGUCCGGACUUGUGUUCUUCCUCUUCCUCUUUUCCCUCUUCACUGCCGCUGCCUCGACGACCAAGCAAAGCCAGGUCUAUAUAGUGUAUCUGGGCGAGCACGCCGGAGCCAAGUCGAAGGGAACCAUCCUUGAUGAUCACCAUGCCCUCCUCCUCUCCGUCAAGGGCAGCGAGGAGGAGGCACGGGCGUCGCUGCUGUACAGCUACAAGCACAGCCUGAAUGGCUUCGCGGCCCUUCUCUCGGACGACCAAGCCACAAAGCUUUCAGAGAGGACUGAGGUAGUGUCUGCCUUCCGGAGCGACGGGAGGUGGUCCCCGCACACCACGAGGUCUUGGGAGUUUGUGGGUUUGGAGGAAGGGCUCAGCAAGGGCUGGCUGCCGUCCGGCGCUCACGCCGGCGAGAAUGUCAUCGUAGGCAUGCUGGACUCCGGGAUCUGGCCGGAGUGGAGGAGCUUCAGCGACGAGGGGCUAGGGCCAGUGCCCGCGCGGUGGAAGGGAGUGUGUCAAGGAGGAGAUUCCUUCAAUUCCUCCUCUUGCAACAGGUGUGUAUUAUCACAUACAAAUACUUACAUACGUAGUACUAUGUACUUCUGCGCACUGCAUCGUGCAUUCGUGGCUUUGUUAUCGUUGGAAGAUUGGUUGGUCGGUCUAUUCAGGCUAGUAUAUUCUUGCUGGAAACAGGGGACAUACACACGGCCUCUUGCUAUCCGUCUUCCAUCUUGUGACCAUAUCGAUCGAUCACUUCGUCUAACUAAAAAUCAUAACAAUAUCGAACUAAGGCAACUUACAAAACAAAAGGCAGACAUACAUGCAGUGCAUCUACCUAUGAUUGAGAUGACUAGACAGUGACGACUGACGACCAAACGAGAACCAAACAGUGACAUACACGGUAAAAUGGACAAAACUGAUCUCAAGGCACAACUAUUUCACAAACUUUCGCAGUGGACGAAACAAAUUCACCAGCUAAUCUUUUUGUGUAGCGCUUGAUAGGCCGGCACUGCACUACACUAAGUAGCGCAUGACGCUCCUGGCCAGCGUGGCACCCAGGGCCAGACCGGGCCGCACCCCUGGUUGUGCAGCGCCUAGAUGAAAGAAGCUGCACAAUCAGCAUACUGUUAAUGUUCUUAUUCUUGUCUUAGAUGCAAAGGUACUACCUUUGUCCUGGUUUAUUAGCCCCUUUUAUUCUGUGGCAAAUUUUGACUUUAAAUUGUACUAACAAAAUGUUAAUGCAUGUCAUAAAAGUAAUUAAAUUGAAAACUAUGUUCAAAUACAAAUCAACGAUAUAACUUUUGAUGACAUGCAUUAAUAUCUUGUUAGUUAAAUCUCUAGUCAAAAUUUGGCAUAAAAUACAAAAAGGACUUAUAAACCAGGAUGAAGGUAAUAGUUAUCAUGUUCCAACAACUUUUGACUAUUUUGCCCACUCUUUGUUUAACACAUCGGCAUAUUACGCUUUAUGUAAAGUGACCCCCAUUAUUCAAACUGAUGGGCACACAAAGUGGACGGGUAACGGAGGGCCGGAGGGACCAGGAUGGUAUAACAAAAAAGCAAGAACAAAAUAUCCAUAAUUGCAUAUUUGGUCCAGUAUAUGAACACAUGUUAAAAUGGUAUGCUAAUUGCUAAAACUGAAGCAAAUAAUCAGUCAGGUUCAGUAUAAAUUUUUUAACAGACUAAGAUUCUGACAUGAGCCAAGAAAUAAAUGUUUAAACUUUUGGACUGAAAAAGCUAGCACGUCAGCUAAAUGAGAAGUGGUACUUUGUUGUACCUCGAACAUAUUGCCCACAACUGGCUAUAACCAAGAAUUAUCUGAAUGCUUGACCACACUAUCAACGCACCUUGUGUCGCUCUCAUUGUCUGAAGGAACCUCUGCAGAUAGAACAAAAGAUAAACUGAAAUGCAUAACAUGAAUAUUUGCACCAGUGAGAUAGCUUAUUCGAGUUGCCAUUAUUCUUGUUAUAAGAUAGAAAAUGUGGAAGAAUAAUUUGAAACUUAUAGUAUGGCCAUCCGCUAUUUGUGCAAGCGAUCGUUCAUGGAUUAUGGAGAGGACUGGAACAACAUAUGCAUAUGAGCCGCCAAUGACAGUGGGAAGGCGAGUGCCAAAUAGUGUCUGCCUGUCUGGAGCAGUGUCUUUUAUCCCAUUCACAAAUAGCAGUGUCUGAACCACUUUUGCCUUGUCAUGCUUUGGUAAACACACAAACAAGCACCAUUUUUUCAGUACAAAUAACAAUAUGUUGUGCCAAAUUAACCAAGGAAUGUAGCAAACAUAAAAAAAAGUUUACAGAAGGGUUUCAGCAGGCUGGAACUGGCUGGAAAAUGCUAAGUGGCAGUGUAGCACCUGAGUGCUAGGCGCUACACUGUCUGGUGUAGUGACUGGCGCUACACUGUCUGGUGUAGUGCCUGGGCGUUAGGCACUACACUCUUUUAAUCUGCAGAAACUACAAAUACAGUAUGUAAUAUGUGUGUGAAUCAAUUUUUUCGGUAAGACUUAAACAAAUGCAUAAGUGAUUGUGCAGCUUCUUUCACCUAGGCGUUGCUUCAAGUCUCCUGCAGAGUCUCCCGCGCCUUCAAGCCCGCGCGACGUGGGUAUGGCUGGCGCUGCGGGGCUCGAGGCCGAGGUGACGGCGGGAUGGGAGACGGUGAGGUCGCGUCGGCCGCGCCGGCCGGCUUUGCAGCAGGAAGAAUUCAAGGCGCGCGCCCCUCCCCCGGACUGGCUUUUCAACCUCUGCUUCCAUUGCCUUCAUCCAAGGCAUAAGGCCGCUACUUGCCGCAAUCCAGUCACCUGCAGGCGCUGCUUCCGCUCCGGCCAUCGCGCGCGUGGCUGCACCACCCGCCGGCUCCACAUCUACGUCCGCGGGCGCCUCCUCGCCGGCAGGCGCUGCCUGCACGCCAGCGCCCCGCGCCUCCCCUGCCUCGGGCUCGCUCCCCACCUCCCGCCCCCGCAAGGGCCAUGGUUGCGCCUGUUGCUGUGGCCUGGGCGGGUGACCACACGGCCCGCCCUGCUGAGGUCUUCACGGUGGUGCACUCCAGCCCCGCCAUGGUCCAGGAGGCAGCUCUGCUCGAGUCAAACGCCGUGGUGGCAUGGCUGGAGCGCGAGAUGAGGGCCUCCUCUGAAGAGAUCGCUUCUGCGGUGGUGAGAGAGAUCGGCUGUCUACGCCCCGAUGUCAACGUCGUCCGCCACUUCCCGGAGGCCUUCCUCAUCAGGUUCUUCCACCGCCAUCACUGCUCUGAGGCGAUCUCGCGCCCGGCGCUGCCGUUCCGGGGCACCCGCAUCCAGCUCCGGCCAUGGCGGAUCGAGUCCCACGCGGAGCACGUCGACAUGCCGCACCAUGUGCGCCUUUGCCUUGAGGGGCUGCCGCUGCAGGCAUGGGACGCCCAGGCUGUGGCCUCUGCGAUCGGCACCAACUGCUCAAUAGACUACAUCAAGCCGGUGUCUUGCCUGAAGACGGACACAGAGGCGCUUUGCCUGUGGGCGUGGGCGACGUGCCCCAGCAAGAUUCCGAGGGUCAACUGGAUCACCCUACCGGCGCGCGAAGGCGGCGAGCCGGUGUAUGGUCGGCGUGGUCUGCAGCACAGGGUCCUGCUUCACCUCUCUAUCCUUGAGCGGAAGGUGGGCGGGCGCACUGUUUCAGAGGGCUUCACCUGGCGUCGCAACAUCGUCGAUGGCGAGACGGUGCCCAGGGACCGUAGGGAGCGCAUCUCCCGCCCAGCGCCACGUCACGACAGGCGCGACAGUGACGAUGACGAAGACCGUCGCCGUGGUGGAGAUCGGCGCGGCCGUGACACCGCCGCCGGCACGAGCAGCUUGGGCGCGCGCAUAAGGCGCAGCCUCUCCCGCAAUCACCGCGAAGAGCCGCGGAACCAAGACAGAGGCCGGGGCGACCGCGACAGGAGGGAGGACCGCGACAACCGUCGCCGUGAUGUCAUGGGCGUGCCGGCCGUGGUCCUGCAGGGCUCAGGCUCCGCCUCCUCGGCUGCGGCCCACAGCCUCGAGGACGACCCUACGGUGCCCGCACAGCAGCAGCUCCUUCUUGGCUCCACCCCGACGGUGGUGGACGGUCCGGUGCAGCCGGUGCUGGCUGUGCGGAGAGGGCGCAGCCCGGCCCGGGCACGCUCGCCUGGCAUGAUCCGGCGUCGCUCCCAGGACAACUGGACGCCGCCUUCAUCACCACCUCUAUCACCAACGUUCGUGCUCCCGCCGGUACCACGUUCAAAGCGGGAUGAGGCCAGGCGCUCCGCGUCCAUCGGCUUCAUUCCGUCCCACGCAACUCUGGAGCUUUGCUCCCCUUCCGUGCUGCUGCUGCCUUUGGCUUCGCCAGGAAGGCCGCCGGGGUUCGAGAGCUCGCCUACGCCGCCGCUCGUCCCCGCCGGGCCGGUGCGCCGCACACCUUCUCCCCCGCGCAGGAGGGUUUUGGUGGUGGCCGAUGCCGACCUCGAGCCGCUCUUCAAGGAGAGGCUGGAGGCCCUCCUCCGAACGCCUGCUCCUAGGCCUACAACAGCGCGCCGCAAAACGAUGGCUGGGGUGACUAUCAGCCGCGCCGGUGGGUUCAUGCUGCAGAGGACAACCGCCAGGCUGCGAGUUGCUGGGCAGGCCAAGGUCACUUCGGUCGUAAAGGCGGCGGAGGCCAUGGUUUGUCGCGGUCUCGGCAUCACCAAGAACGGCCAAGAUGUCACGGUGGAGAUGCUCAACACUUUCACAGACCGUUUCAAGGAGCAACUUCCACCGGAGGUGAUCAUGGCCAUGAGAGACAUGUUUAAGCUGGACGAUGUCGGAGCGACUGCUGUUGAGGAUGCUCUUCUGCAGCACGGAGGUGCAGGAGCGCUGGAUGUGGACAAUGGCCAGGACGCCAUUUGAGCAGUCCCUGGAUGGCUGUAGGGUAGCUAGUUUAAGAUGAUAGUGCAACCACUAUUAUGUAAUGCGGGGGUGUGGCGGAGUCUACCCAUGGCUAGCCGCUGGCCAUGUAUCAGGUUGUUAUGCUUGAACUAUUUGUGUUCCAUGGGCUGGUGUAGAACCAGUCUGAUUGCUACAAGGUUGUCUGUUCUCUCCUGGGAAAAUUAUAGGGUUAUGCAUGUUUCCAAAUGACUGAA